UUAUCUGGCUGGCUGCCGGCUGGAGAGCUGGUCGCCAUAUUAGUGGCGGAUUAAAACAAUUUGUUUUCACUUGUUAUUUUCGUCCUUAUCGGCGAAAGGGAGUAUAACAUACUCCCUUUGUGUGUUAAAAGUUAUAUAUCCAGUGUAUUAAUUACUAGUUUAGCUGAUUUUUAAGGAAAAUAUAUUUUUCUCUUCGAUUUGUAUUAUAAACAUGGCUUUUUAAAAUGUCGGCCCUGAACGUAAAAUACUUUCCUCCUUGCGGAGUAUCCCGCUUUAUUGUAUUUGUGGAUGUUGGAAGAAUCAAGAAUGGACAAGAAAUCUAUAAAUCGUUCCGUUUUACAACAGUCGAGGGCCUCCGCCAUCGACUGUAAAAAAAGUACAGAAUCGACGCACAAACCUUGGCCCCGGAAUAACAAGAAACGUGAAGGAACUGGCAGUGUACCUAAAAAUGAGCCAAAUCGAAAAAAUAUACCAUCACAGAGGGGUAGAGGUCAAAUGGAUAAGCGCCCGAAGGCCCGUGGUUCCACCGAUUUCGUUGUGGGUAGAACGCAGAACACCAGGUUAGAAGAGGAUGAUGAACCUGAAAUAGGUUCUGUGUUUACACCUGGAAGCAAAAAGCAAAAUUUGACCCAUUUGCUAAACUUCAUGUAUCCCACUCGUGCCCGAGAAGAUGGAAGGGGUCCUACUCCACGACGUCCUGGCCAGCAACGGGUCUCUUAUAAACAUGAACAUGAUCUCUACCUCCGAGCUUAUUGUCAGUUUGUGGUCAGGGAAGAUGGAGAUUACAAGUUAAAUUUGAUGGAUCCAGACUUGCCUCUUAAAUGGGAGCUAAUUGAGGAAAUUGUGGUGAGAAGUACUGGCAGGUCUGAAUGUCCAAUAUGUUUGGGUGCCCCUAUAGCAGCUAGAGUUGGUCACUGCGGCCAUGUUUACUGUUGGGCAUGUAUCCUGCACUAUGCUGCAGCUCAUGAGAAGCAACCUCCACCAUGUCCUGUUUGUGCUACGUCGUUACAAGUUGCUAAUAUGAAACCUACUCGCAUAGUGCAGUGGGAUUCUCCUGCAGAUGAGGUAACAAUGCGCCUUGUUCGACGAUUACGUGGUUCAACUAUAGUAGAAGUGGCACCACCUCGUGGCCAGAUGAAAGACACUGAAGAGCAUAUACUGCCUCUAGAAAUCCUUAACGAGGCUCCUUAUGCUAAAUUAUUCUUUGCAACAAAACAACAAAUUAUGGAUAUUAUGGAAAGAGACAAAAAUGAAAUAAAAAAUCAGAUUUUAGCAGAAAUUGAUACAACCGAAAUAUUUUACUUGGAACAGGCAUUGGAAAUGCUUAAAUUAAAGGAACGGAAGAUUAAACUCCAGAAUGAACAACCUAAGAAUAUGGACCCAAUUUCUAAACAAGAUGUUCCAACAGUGUUUGAGAAACAGGCAGUAUCUGAUAAGAAAUUAGACUGGUUUGAUGUAAAUGAUGAAGGUGCUACAUGCUUAGAAGAUGUUGAAAAUAAAAUGGAAUCUUUAAAUUUACAUUCAAAUUUAAACCCUGACGCUAUAGCCUUUGAAUAUGAUAUAAAUGAAAACCCAGUUGAAGAGUUCCCACUUGUUGAAAGCCCUUUGAGCAGUGAAGUACCAGAUGAGUCUAUUUUUACAGACAUUGACAAACAAAAUCAAACUAAAUAUUUUUAUUUCUACCAAGCUGAAGAUGGUCAGCAAGUAUUUCUGAACAGCCUUAAUGUGCGCAUUUUAAAUGCUUCCUGGGGUGUUUUGGCCGCUGCACCGAGUAUUAUACGUGGCCGUGUGCUACACCGAGAAACUUACUCACUAAAUGACCAGACAAGGAAACACAUGCCCUACACAGCCCACUUGCCUCUGCACUGCUCCUUUGAUAUUGUGGAACUUGAUUUACAACCCCCACAUGUUACUAAUGAAGCUCUGGGAAAUUUUGCAGCUGAACUAGAACGUCGGGCAAGAAGUCGAGCUAAGCAUGAGCGCGAUGAACGUCGUCGAGAAAGAGCAUAUCGUCGCCUUAUGGAAGGGCCACCUAAACCUGAUUUCUCAUCUGAACUAUUGUUUCCAUCCGCACUUCCUACAUAUGGUAGUCCACCGAAUCCAUCCUAUGGUAGUCCACCAUAUAUGGAAGUUCCGAUACAGAACUUUUAUCAAUCUCCAUCUAUGAGCACUGUUUUAUCUCCACAAAUGGAACAGGCGAGCACUUCUACAAGCUCAUCAUCAACCGGACUUUCAUUUGCUAAGAUGGCUAGUGCUAGUGGCACUUGGCGUGUUCGUAAAACAGUACCACCUCCGCCACCCGCAGUUAACGAAGAUGAAUCGUCUGGACCGCGCGCUUUAGUACUAAGCGAUGCUAUAGAAGCAGCACUUCUGGCCACCAGCCCUAUAUCACAACCAUCAGGAAAAAAGAACAAAAAGUCCAAACAAAAGGUUCUUUUCGCUACUGGAAUGCAUCGUGCUCCUUAGAGUAUUUCCACCAUUGUCAUGUCAUGUUUCGAAAAAUAAAAAUCUUAUUU